UCGUCCGGACUCUCAGCUGGCAUGUUUCACGCUCUGCUGCUAGCGCUCAUCGCGCUGUUCCUCGCGCUGUUCGUGUUUCUCGCAUGGAACUUUGGACACUGGCGCAGACGUGGAGUUUGGGAGCCGCAUGCUCUGCCUCUGCUGGGAUCUUUUCCCAACAUGGUGUGGCCGAGGCGACAUUUUCUGAACGAUAUGCGUGAUCUUUAUAUGCAGUAUCGCUCGACGCACAGCUAUGUGGGUGCCUAUCUGCUGAGAGCACCUAAGUUGCUGCUGCUGGAGCCGAAGCUGAUCAACGAGGUGUUCGUGAGUGCUUUCCGAUGCUUCGAAAACAACGAUGCCUCGCGCAUGGUGGACACACGGAAGGAUCCGUUCAUCGCGUGCAAUCCCUUUGUGCUGGAUGGCGACGAGUGGCGGCAGCAGCGCGGCAUUUUCUCGCCCCUAUUGACCAGCGGGCGCAUACGCAACGCCUACGGCAAUAUGCAGCGGAUCUGCGGCCAGCUCUGCGACUACAUCGAUGAGCAGUCGAGGAGCGGUCAGCCCUUCGAUGGCUCAGAUCUGGGAUUACGUUUUACCAGCGAGAAUCUCCUAGACUGCGUCUUAGGCAUCGAGGCACGCAGCUUUACGGAUAGCCGCUUGCCCGUGGCGCAGCACAAUAAGGAGAUGUCGGAGGAGAAUUACCGCCUGGCUCUGUCGGGUGCUCUGAACGGACUCUUUCCCCGGCUGCCGCGCUGCCUCAGGCCCAAGAUCGUGCCGCCCUCUUAUGAGCGCUUCUUUGGCGACCUGGUGCGGCAGUCCUUCCAUCUGAGGCGCUGCCGGCGACAGGAGCGCAACGAUUUCAUCAACCAUCUGCUGGACAUGCAGCGGCAGCAUCAGCUCACCGAAGAGCAGCUCAUCUCACAUGCCAUGACCUUCAUGUUCGAUGGCCUGGACACCACCUCCUCGACCAUCGCCCACUGCCUGCUAUUGCUCGGCAGGUAUCCGGAGUGCCAGCAGCAACUCUGGCUGGAGCUGGACCAGGCCACGCCCAAAGAUCAGCUGCUGCCCCAUUUUGAGUUGCUCAGUGAGCUGCCCUAUUUGAGUGCCUGCCUAAACGAGACACUGCGCAUCUAUCCAGCUGGCGGCUGGGCGUCGAAGACCUGCACCGAGCCCUACACCUUCCAUGGCAGGCACCAUAGCAGUCCGCUGCAAAUGUUGCCAGGCGACAAUGUAAUGAUUCCCAUCUAUGGCCUGCAUCACGAUCCCAACUAUUAUCCAGAGCCUCAACGAUUUCGACCCGAACGCUUUCUAAACGGCGGUCUCAAGCGUUUCCAGCAGCUGGGCGUCUUUCUCGGCUUUGGCAAUGGACCGCGUCAGUGCGUGGGCAUACGCCUGGGCCUCACCCAAACCAAAGCCGCGCUAGCCGCCAUAGUUAAGCGGUACGAGGUGCUCGUCAAUGUACGUACCCUUGAUGGCAUCGAGCUAGAUCCGUACAUCUUUGUGGGUGCCCACAAGGGCGGCAUUUGGCUGGACUUUAAGGCACGCUCUGUUUGAAAGCAAGCUGUGGAUGCGGCACUGGAGUGGAACGUGAUGAGCUCAGUGAUGCCCUGUAAUAUUUAUUCGAUCUA